UCGGGUAUCGAAAAGGCAGGGUAAGCCUGGCCAUACAAGAAGACCCUCAUUGCAUGCCACUCUUUGUGAUAGAGCUGCCAAUGCACAGUAGUGUGUUCCACAAGGAAAUGGCAUCGGAUAUAGUCCGAAUCGCGCUGGAGAGCGAGACCAAGACGAACAAGAAGAAGCUGCUGGAGGAGUUCGUUUGGGCUGUGUAUUGUAAUGGAAGAAAGGUGGGGUAUUCGAUUCGGAGGAAGCAAAUGUCAGAGGAUGAACUUCAUGUUAUGCAGACUUUGAGGGGUGUUUCAAUGGGGGCAGGGGUGCUUCCAAGCCCGUCCGAAAAAGAAUAUGCUUCAGAUGGAGAAUUGACCUACAUAAGGGCAAGAUUUGAGAGGGUUGUUGGAUCAAAGGACUCUGAGGCUUUGUACAUGAUCAAUCCAGAUGGGGCUGCAGGGCCAGAAUUAAGUAUUUUCUUUGUAAGAGCUCACUAGCCAGCACAAACUUGAUUUCCAUUUUCCUUAAUCCAGGUUAUAUUAAAGUUAUGUAAACGAAGGUUUUCAGAUGUUUGAAAUCAUGGAAAUGUUAUAUCCAAUAUGCCAAAGCCAGUUUCUUAGGUUCCCUCUGAUACCAUGAAAUUGGAUUUUCCCAUGCCCAAUAUAAUUUCUGACUUCAGGCAAAAAAGGAAGCAAAUUAAGGGAAGAACAAAAAUUGCUAUUUGGGCAACAAUUAGGAAAUAGAU